AUGAAUCAGAUAAAAGAGCUUGAGAUUAAAUGUUCUAUAGAAGAUCAUGAUUAUGCCUAAUUAGUUUGUUUAAAUAAAGAGUGUAAAGCUAAUAGAGUUUAUUGUGACUAAUGUAUAAGAAAUGGAGAUCACAUUGCUCAUAUUAAUGAUUAAUGGAAUAUAUAAAAAUUAAUUCUGAUUUUUUAGAAUAUAGAGAAAGAAAGCGAAACCUUAAAAUCAGAUUUGUGUUUGAUAAAUUAAGAAAUUAAUAAAAUAUUUACUUAAUUAAAUUAAAAGAUUACAAAGAAAUAUCAAUAUUCCAAAGAGAGAUUAUAAAAAUUGGAUGCAAAACAAUUACAUUAAAUCUUAAAUUACAUUAUUAAAUAUGAAGAAGUUGAAAAAAGUGUAUUAAACGAAGUUAAAAAAUGUUCAGAUGAUAUGAUCAUGCAAAUAAAAAGAUAUACUUCAGAAUUGAAAAUAGAAGAGUUACUCAUUAAAAAUUCAAGAAAAAUAAAAUACAACACAGUUAUUUUAAAAAGGUAUUGA